AUGUCUGUCCGUUGCAGAGAAGACGUUCCAGUGGCCCCAGCUGCAGCUGCAGCCGGUGGUGUCAUGGACAUUAACACAGCCUUGCAGGAGGUGCUGAAAACCGCCCUGAUUCACGACGGACUCGCGCGCGGGCUGCACGAGGCCUGCAAGGCUCUCGACAAGAGACAGGCUCUGCUCUGUGUCUUGGCCAACAACUGUGAUGAACAGAUGUACGUGAAGUUGGUAGAGGCCCUCUGCGCUGAGCACAACAUCAAUCUGAUUAAGGUCGACGACAACAAGAAGCUAGGCGAGUGGGCAGGCCUGUGCAAAAUUGACAAGGAAGGCAAAGCGAGAAAGAUCGUCGGAUGCAGUUGUGUCGUCGUGAAGGACUACGGAAAGGAGACGCAAGCCCACGACGUCCUGAACGAGUACUUCAAGUCCAAGCGGUGAACAGCGCCAUCUGUAGGGCAGGAAAAUAAAGAUACGACCAACAAUGUCAUUUUACAGUGAUGGCAUAGUUGUGUGUUGGAUGAACUUUUAUCUUGCUGGCAGUAAUAAAAAAAGUGAAACAUG